ACUAGUAUCGAUAAAGGUACCGGCACCGUGAGCAUUAGCCCGCAUAUCUCUUUUGCCAACUGACACGCAUGCAGCUAGCAGGAGCAGCCCAAGGACUAGGAACAAUGACAACCAAGAAAAUAGCACUUCUCAGCGUCUCAGACAAGACGGGUCUGGAGGAGCUGGCGAAGAAAUUGUCCGCGCUGGACUUUCAACUGGUUGCCAGCGGAGGCACAGCUACUGCGCUGCGUGGCGCUGGUCUGAAUGUCAAGGAUGUCUCGGACAUAACGGGCGCACCCGAAAUGCUGGGUGGGCGUGUCAAGACGCUGCAUCCCGCCGUGCAUGCGGGCAUACUAUCGCGCACCACCACCAGCGAUCUGGCUGAUAUGAAGCAACAGCAUUACGAGCUCAUUCAGCUGGUCGUCUGUAAUCUGUAUCCUUUUGCCAGCACCAUAGCCAAGCCAGAUGUCAGUCUGGCCGAUGCCGUCGAGAAUAUCGAUAUUGGUGGCGUAACGCUGUUGCGUGCCGCAGCCAAGAAUCAUCAGCGUGUCACAGUCAUCUGUGAGGCCGUCGACUAUGCCAAGGUGCUGGCCGAGAUUAGCGCCAAGGGCGAUACCACACUGGAGACGCGUCAGGCCUUGGCGCUGAAGGCCUUUACCCAUACGGCCAUUUAUGAUGAGGCCAUCUCGGACUAUUUUCGGAAACAGUAUGGCGCUGGCUCCUCACAGCUGACGCUACGCUAUGGCAUGAAUCCGCACCAGAAGCCGGCGCAGCUGUACACACAGCUGGCACAGCUGCCGCUGCGUGUACUGAAUGCCUCGCCCGGUUUUAUCAAUCUCUGCGAUGCGCUCAAUGGGUGGCAGCUGGUCAGGGAACUGAAGCAGGCACUGCAGCUGCCGGCGGCAACUAGCUUUAAGCAUGUCUCGCCUGCUGGCGCCGCUGUGGGCGUGCCACUCAGUCCGACGCAGGCCAAGCUCUGCAUGGUGGAUGAUCUAUACGAGCAGCUAACGCCCAUGGCCACAGCCUACGCCAGGGCACGCGGUGCCGAUCGUAUGAGCUCCUUUGGUGACUUUGUGGCGCUGUCCGAUGUCUGUGAUGUGCUCACGGCCAAGAUUAUAUCGCGUGAGGUCUCUGAUGGCAUUAUUGCAGCUGGCUACGAGCCGGAGGCACUGGAGAUACUCAAGAAGAAGAAGAAUGGCAGCUACUGCAUUCUGCAGAUGGAUCCCGACUACGAGCCGAGCGCUGUGGAGCGCAAAACCAUUUUUGGCCUGACUCUAGAGCAGAAGCGCAACGAUGCCGCCAUUGAUGCCAAGCUCUUUACCAAUGUGGUCAGCAAACGCCGACCCUUGCCCGAGUCCGCCGUGCGCGAUCUCACUGUGGCCACCAUUGCGCUCAAGUACACCCAGAGCAAUUCCGUGUGCUAUGCCCGCGAUGGGCAGGUGAUUGGUAUUGGCGCUGGCCAGCAGUCGCGUAUUCACUGUACUCGUCUGGCUGGUGAAAAGGCCGACAACUGGUGGCUGCGGCAGCAUCCCAAUGUGGCCGCCAUGAAAUUCAAGGCGGGCGUCAAGCGUGCUGAAAUUUCGAAUGCCAUCGAUAACUAUGUGAAUGGAACCGUGGGCAAGGAUAUGCCAUUGGCGCAGUUCAAGGGCAUGUUCGAUAAGGCGCCGGAGCAGCUGACGGCAGCACAGAAGCUUGACUGGCUGAAGCAGCUAAACGGUGUGGCACUCGGCUCUGAUGCUUUCUUUCCCUUCCGCGAUAACAUUGAUCGCGCCAGACUUAGCGGCGUCUCCUACAUAGCCAGUCCGUCGGGCUCCACCAAUGAUGCGGGCGUCAUUGCCGCCUGUGAUGAGCAUGGCAUAAUCAUGGCACACACCAAUUUGCGCCUGUUCCAUCAUUAACUCCAUACAGUUUGGCUCAAUCGAAUAUAUACAUACUGCGACCCUUUAUCAUAUUCAACGCAACAUUCCUUCAAUCACACAAUAAAAAACACUUGCCUUAGUUAGUUAAA